AAUAUUUUUUGGGUCUUUCCUUCCCCUUUUGAAUAGUUUGUAGUUUGACAUGCCUCUUCUAUUUUGGUGGUGCUGAUGCCUUUUUUGGGUUUUCCUCAUGUAUGCAGCGGUAUGUUGAGGCUCAGUGUUUUGUUGCUUCAAACGAUUACAAAGGUGGUCUGGAUCUCUUCUCUGAACUCCUGCAACGCUUUCCAAGUAAUGCGCACAUAUUAUUGGAAAUGGCUAAGGUUGAAGCCAUUAUCGGGAGAAUCAAUGAAGCAAUUAUGAAUUUUGAAAAGGCUCGUGCUAUUGAUCCAUACAUUGUUACAUACAUGGAUGAGUAUGCAAUGCUUCUAAAGGCGAAGUCUGAUCACUCGAAGCUAAACAAGUUGGUGCAUGAUUUGCUGAACAUUGAUCCUGCAAGGGCAGAAGUCUUUGGAGCUUUAUCUGUAUUAUGGGAAAGGAAAGAUGACAGGUGGGCUUUAGCUUAUGCGGAGAAGAGCCUUCGAAUUGAUGAUAGGCAUAUAUCAGGUCAUAUAAUGAAGGGUAACCUGUAUUUAUCCAUGAACCGACCAGAUGCGGCUGUGACGGCUUUCAGGGCAGCUCAUGAAUUAAGGCCUGAUCUUCGCUCGUACCAAGGUCUAGUUCGCUCUUAUUUGGCACUUUCUAAAACCAAAGAGGCUUUUUAUGCUGCUCGAGAGGCAAUGAAGUCCAUGCCUCUGUCUGCAAAGGCUCUUAAAUUAGUCGGUGAUGUGCAUGCUAUUAAUUCUGGUGGGAGAGAGAAGGCAAGGAGGUUCUAUGAAUCAGCUCUCCGUACAGAACCCAGUUACCUUGGAGCUGCUUUAGCCUUGGCUGAGCUCCAUGUUGUUGAUGGCCGAAAUGGAGAUGCCGUGUCGCUCCUCGAGAGAUAUCUCAAAGAUUGGGCAGAUGACUCUCUCCAUAUCAAGUUGGCGCAAGUAUUUGCAGCAACGAAUAUGCUGUCAGAGGCCCUGUCACAUUACCAGUCCGCACUCAGGUUAAACCCACAAAACGAAGCUGCCAAAAAAGGUUUAGACCGCUUGGAGAAGCAGAUGAAGCGAUUGGAUCCAGAUGUGCCAGAUGAGGAUGAAGAAAAUGAAGUCGUGGAUGCUGAUGGAGAUCAGGAAGAGGCAGAACUUAUAUGAGAGGAGACCGAUCUAUAAACGAUGAGGAACUAUUAUCUUCAACCGGAUGAUAUACGAGUAUGCUCAUUUUUUCACUGUCCUAGUGGGAUGUGGGGCUGAAUGAUCCAAAUAGUUGGUCCGAUGCAGUGAUGCUUCCCAUCAUGGAUGGACCAUACUGCACAUUGGAAGAUCCUAGCCACCGAUCUUGGGUCUAUUUUCAGGCGAGUGUCAGAUGUUGAUGUGUCUCAUCCCAACUGUUUAUUUGCAAAUUGAAAGGUCAGGAUUGCCCUACUG